AUGACAGAAGUUCUUCAACCCGGCACGGAAGUGUUUUCGGAGAAGAAGAAGAAGAAAAACAAAGACCAGGUGACGCUUGGUGCGUUUCAGAAGAUUGGCGACUUCAAGAUCGAGCCAUCCGAGUGUGUUGGAAAGUUAGACACGGCGUACUGGCCUUUAUUGCUUAAAAACUUCGAUCGGCUCAACGUGCGCACUAACCAUUACACGCCACUGCCAUUCGGCCAUUCCCCGCUGAAACGUCCGAUCUCCGACUACGUCAAGUCUGGCUUCAUAAACGUCGAUAAGCCAAGCAACCCCAGCUCGCACGAGGUCGUCUCAUGGAUAAAACGCAUCCUUAAAGUGGAAAAGACUGGUCACAGCGGCACGCUCGACCCGAAGGUUACCGGAUGCUUAAUAGUGUGCGUGGACAGAGCGACGAGGCUGGUAAAGUCACAGCAAAAUGCUGGCAAGGAGUAUGUCGCCGUUUUCAGCCUGCACUCCGCGGUGGAGAACUUACAGAAGGUCACACAGGGGUUAGAAAAGCUUCGCGGUGCGCUGUUCCAGCGGCCGCCUCUUAUAUCGGCAGUGAAGCGUCAAUUGCGUGUGAGGUCCGUCUAUGACAGCAAGCUGUUGGAUUUCGACCAGGAGAAGAACAUCGGUGUAUUUUGGGUUAGCUGCGAGGCGGGCUCGUAUAUCCGUACCAUGUGUGUGCAUUUAGGUCUGAUGCUGGGCGUUGGUGGACAAAUGAUAGAGCUGCGCAGGGUCCGCUCCGGAAUUCAAGGUGAAAAGGAGGGCAUGGUGACCAUGCACGACAUAUUGGAUGCACAAUGGGCGUACGAAAAUCAUAAGGAUGAGACUUACCUGCGUAGGGUGAUUAAACCUCUGGAAGGUUUGUUAGUCGGACAUAAAAGGAUAUUCAUCAAGGACAGCGCUGUCAAUGCAGUGUGUUAUGGUGCAAAGGUCCUGCUGCCUGGCGUGCUACGAUAUGAGGAUGGCAUUGAAAUUGAUCAGGAAAUAGUUAUUGUAACCACUAAAGGCGAGGCUGUCGCCCUGGCCAUUGCCCUCAUGACCACAUCCACAAUGGCCUGCUGUGAUCAUGGAGUUGUUGCCAAGCUCAAACGAGUAAUCAUGGAGAGAGAUACCUACCCGAGGAAAUGGGGCUUAGGCCCAAAGGCAUCCCAGAAAAAGCAGCUAAUUCAACAAGGUAAAUUAGACAAGUACGGAAAACCUAAUGAAAACACACCGUCCGAAUGGCUCAACAGUUAUGUAGACUUCAAAGUUAAAAAAGAAUGUGAAAUGGGUGAGAAUGGUGAAAUGGAAACCGAUAGCAGUAGAAAGCGUACAGCCAGCACAGCAAAUGCGGAAGAUCCAAAUAAUUCUGUGGAACUUAAAGCGGAGAAGAAAAAGAAAAAAAAGAAGCAUGACCAAGAGCAAAAUGUCGAAGUUGAUACUACUGUAGAGGCAGGGGAUGCAACUUUAGAAGAAGCAGACAAUUCUGUAAGAAAAGAGAAGAAGAAAAAGAAAAAGAAGGACAAAGAUGCAGAGAGGCAAGAGGAA